AACGCUCUUUUAAAUCGUUCGUCGCGUAGCUCUCGGCAGACUCGCGCGCCGUCGGGUUCAGGCGCGGUGGGUAGCGAUGCGUUUGCCGUUUGCGCGCGUUUACUCGCAGUUCCGCGUUUAUAAAGAUACGUGUAUAUUGUACUUCAAACCCCACCGUGCGCUCGAACGAACCCGGGCGGGGGUCGCUCGCGGACGUGCCGUUUUUCGACGAGCAAAUGUUGCUUUUUUUUGUUAUUAUCUCGGUAACGUUUUGAAAUGAAACCAAAACGCGUUUUUCAAACGCGCGUCGUUUCGCAAUUUUGAUCAAAGACCAGCCCUAAUUAAUUAGCACAUGCGCGUUGGGGUCUUGGGGGAUCUUAAACUGUUAAUCUGUAACUCGCAGUCUUAUUUGUUCUACGUUGUUGUUGUCUGAGGCUCGGCAGAACGCGAGAAACCGGAAAACUGGAUCGUUAUCGUACUUGACACCAAUGCAAAACAUCAAGGGUAGGCGAUGGAGCUCCCAAACUACGCCAGUCAACUGCUUCUCCAGCUCAAUCAGCAGCGCUCCAAGGGCUUCCUGUGCGAUGUCAUUAUCAUGGUUGAAAACACGCUCUUCCGGGCCCACAAAAGUGUCCUCGCUGCCACAAGCCACUACUUCAAGUCCCUUGUCCUUCAUGAUAACCUCAUCCACCUUGACCCUGACAUGGUAGAUCCAGUUGUUUUCCAGCAAAUUCUGGAUUUCAUUUACACCGGCAAGUUGGCAGAUGAGACCUUUGAUGGUGUGGAUUUAAGCUCUUUGCUCACCACAGCGAACUUUCUCCAGCUCAAUGACCUCGCAAACCUGUGCUCCAGUAAGAUCAACCAAAAUGGGUCCCUCAGUAGCGUGGCUCGUGGAAGCUCCAAAUCUUCAGUUCGCCUGUAUGAAGACCACUCAUCAGACACCGAAACAUACACGUGUAUGACGCCUCCCAAAAAACGGCAUAAUGCUGGAAGUAGAUGCAUUUCGAGGAAAAAGCAGGACUUGGGGUUGGAUUUGUCCAAGAAGAAUUCAAAUUCUGAGGCAACAGUUAACAAAGAAGGUUUUCUGUCCAUCUCCAAAAACAUGCAGCUGGGAAUAAAUGGGAAGUGUGUUCCAAAGGAAGAGAAGUGGAUAAUUCCUUUGGACGGAGGUCAGGAAAGAAAAAGGGAGGGAUCCCGAAGAAAAUCUAAGGUCAAUGGUUACAUUCCGCAUAGCAGGGCUGGAAGUCAAUUAAGCCAGAAUCAGACCUUCACUUUACAGUUGUCUGUAAAGAAAGAGAAGGGAAUUGGAGGGAAAAUAGAUGAAAUUGAUGGCCACAAACCAAACAACGGCAGCACCAAGUUUGUUUAUCAAAAGGAGACCUUUCUCAAAGAAUCUGAAGGGGACAAUCCAUACGUUUGUAUACCAUGCGAAAAGGGUUUUCCCUCCUCAGAGAGUCUUAAAUCCCAUGUGGAAAGUCAUAUGGAUGAAGAUCUGGAUGUGAAGGUUGAGGAUGAGGAGGAAGAGGAACGUGACGGAGACGCUGGAGUCACCAGAGUCUCGCCGGAAGCCCCUGAAAGCCUGGAUCAGAGUCCAUUAAAGUCCCUCAAAGAUGUUGACACCGUGCGUCCCUUUCCUUGCAACAUCUGCGGCAAGAUGUUCACGCAGCGAGGCACUAUGACCCGCCACAUGCGCAGCCACCUCGGUCUAAAGCCAUUUGCAUGUGAGGAGUGUGGCAUGCGCUUCACCAGGCAGUAUCGCCUCACUGAGCACAUGCGUGUCCAUUCAGGGGAGAAACCGUAUGAGUGCCAGGUCUGUGGUGGGAAAUUUACGCAACAAAGAAACCUCAUUAGUCAUAUGCGGAUGCAUACCUCAGUAUCUUAGAACAGGUCAAAGAGCCCUAAACUAGGACAACACAGACACAGUUCUCCAUAGUACUUUGGUUUGGGUUCUUUCAACCAGGGUUUAGUUCCAACAAGUUUUUCAGAACACUACAAAGAUUCCUCUAGAUCUUUUUUUACAGGGGUUUCCUUUUUAAGCCAAUGAAGGGUUUAGGUUUACCCACAUAUCUUCUACAAUUCUGCAAAAAGUAAUUUAGCUUAAAAAGGAAGCAUCUGUAGUGUAAUCUACCACACGUGUCAAACUUUGGUCCUGGUGGGCCACUGUCAUGCAGAGUGUAGCUCCAAAACACCUGGCUGGAAGUUUCAAGUAAUCACAAAGACCUUGAUUAACUGGUUCAGGUGUGUUUAAUUAGGGUUGGAGCUAAACUCUGCAGGAUAGAUGCCCUCCAGGAGCUGAAUUUGACACCCCGAUCCUAGGGUACUAUUUUGGAGACGCAUCCAACAAAUUCCUCUAGAUUUUCUCACAGUGUUUACUUAUUGAGCUAAUUGGGAGUUCAGUUCGGGCCACAACUCCUCUAGAAUUUUACAGAAAUCCACUAGAUCUUUUGUUUUUUUGAAUAAAUCUGGUGUUCGCUUUCACCCACAAAUUUUUACAAAGAUUCUUCUAGCUCAACUUGGAAGCCUCUGAAGAUCUCUGCAGGAUCCUGCACCAUUUUAAAGUUUUCACUCUCGUCUGAGUUGAAUUGGGUGUGUUAGAUGAGGACGAAAUCAAAAAUGCACAGUGGUAGACAGAUUAAGAUCAUGGGUAGCUAACCUUGCACCUGAAAGGCUUCUGCAGGCUUCAGUGCCAAAACCGCACCAAGAACACCUUUACUAGCUGGUUCAGCUGUGUUUAGGUAAGGUGUUAAUUCAUGAACAGGCUUACUCAAAUCCAGACCUGGAGGCUCUGCAGGGCUUUGCUCUAAUACUGAUCAAACCUGUAACUCUACGGACCUUGAUUAGUAUUUUCAGGUGUCUUUGAUUAUGGUUGGCGCUAGAUUGAAAAAAAAAAAAAACCCCAAAAACAAAUGACCUAAUUUGUGAAACCCUGAUCUAUAAUUAGGCUUGUAGACUUAGAAUUUGUGGCUGGAACUAAACCCUAAAUUUUCUCUGAAACGGAACCGCUGUCAUGUUUUUUUAGAGAUCAACUUUGGCCACAAAUUCUGGCCUCAAAUCCUUCUAUAAAGAUUAAUUUAAAUCUUCUUCACACACACUAUCUUUUGAGCAAAUACAGGAUUCUGUUCAUAAGUCAUUGGAUUCAGUGAAGAGUAUUCUCCAAAAUGGAACCCUAGAUCAUCUCAAAAAAGGAAACCUCUGUGGUCUAUAGAACACUUUCUUUAAGAAUAAUAUAAAGAUUCACUUUAAGAUGUAGAUUUACCUUUUGAGGUAGUCUAGAAUCCCGAUUGUAUCACAUUUAGAAUAGUACAAAAAUAUUCUACACCUUCUCUGUACUGAUUUGUACUGAUUUCAUAAUGUAGGAUGCAUCUUCAUUCACAGAUUCUCCAAAGAUUCCUCUAGUUCAAAAAGAAGCUUCUUUAGAGAAGACCCAAAGCAUUCUUUUUGCGGCAUUCUUUCAAAACUGGAUUAUUUCAGAGUUAACUUUUUUUUUCGAUAAUCUAGAGUUCAGUUUCCAAAGCAAAUCCUCUAGAAAGCUAUAAAGAAUUCUCUAGAUCUCUGUAGAAGGAUGGCGAUGCCAUUCCCCGAUAAGCAUCAGAAUGCCAACUUCAGCCAAUACCUGCUGUUAUACCUCUUUCUUCAUAUCUUCUUAUUCUUGUGCAUGAAUUGUUUGUUAUUGUUAGUGUGUAGCUAAAAAAAAAAAUUAUCAAGUUUAUCCACUUAGCGAUGUAGUUUUAAUCGAUUUUAAAUGAAAAUUACCUCAAAUAGCUAGUAAUCCUCUCAGAACUGAAACAGCCGAAUGUUCCUGGUGAUACCAGUUAUUUUGCAGCAGUGACUUGCGAUACCUCUCGAAUGUAAUUUAGGAGUCAUGAUAGAGUUUAUGCUUCAGAAACAGACCGCUGUAAUAAAGCUAUCUGGGUUGUUUACUUGAAUACACAAACUUGCUACCUCAGAUUAAACCAAACCCUCUGAUUAGCCUGUAUGAGAUUAAGAAUACAUAUUAGAGAAGAGAAACUACACAGUGUCUUCCAUAUUACAGUCACUCUGUCUAGUUUAACGAAUGAGCUUAAAGCCACAUCUGAUUCAGAGCAGAGGAGAACACACUGCCUGUGUUAAUAUACACUUUUCAGGGGGUCAGGUAAUACUUCACUUUAGGGUCGCGAUCUGAGCUAGUGAAGUCGUAUUGCUUGAGCAAUUAGGGUGUUUUGAUGUACAGUUCCAAAGAAAUAUUGAAUGUUGAAAUGCUUAAGAAAUACUGUAAAACUAUAACCAAAUCUAUAUUCUUGCUAAAUAUUUAAGUCUAAUUUAUGCUUCUUUCAAUUCAGGUUUAUAUUAAAGUCUUUCAGCUUUUUUUUCAGGGUUUUUCUUUUGGGUUUUUUUUUUUUCUUUCAACGCUUCAACCAAUGGCUUAAUUUAUACAGCAUGUUGUCCAUAUUUUCUCGCGGCAUGUGCAUUAUUCUUACGAAUGAAAAAGGAAAAAAAAAGUUAGGUUUAGCAGAUUGCAUUCACGCAUUUAGUGUUGAAAUGAGACCAAAAGCGUAAAAAUCAAUACCUACUGUAAAUGUCUUUGGGUAUCUUGACACAUUAUUAUCAGUUGAUAUAUUACUGAAACGUUUGCUUAUUCAGAGACGAAAUCGUUUUCUUAUUGUGUUUUUAUUUCUUCUACACCUGUGUUUGUUUUAAACUACCUCUGGUCGGGUAUUUUGUACGUCGUACGUGGGUUUUCAUCACGCUGGAGGGCUUUUUAAACAAUACCUAAUUUCGAGGUCGAAUUCAUUCGUUUUGUAGCUGCUUGCCUGAUCUAGUAAUGUCAGAAGAGGUACUUUAAACGGCAGAUUGGAUUCGCUGAAUGGACUUUUUCAGGCACUCUUUGAUCGUUUUUGUGCUUGCUUUUUUUCUGUUUUUGCUUUAUACUGAGAUGAUUAUUUGACACUGUCUUUAAAUCAGUAGGAUCCUAGAAUAUUCAGGAACUUUUUAAUACAUAAUGGGACUUGAAACUGAACUUCAAAACUGUGACAACGCUUUCAUUUGCAUCCUCUGCAAACCUCAGGGAACAUUUUAGGGACACGUCCCAACUUUUUGAACCAUAAAGCGCCAUUAACCAAUGUUUUUGCAGCUAUUUGUUAUUUUCUUUCUCCUUUUUUUUUUUCUUCAAUAUUCUCCAAAACCGACACAAUGCGCCUUCAGGAGGUUCGGCAGCUCUUUGCAUUUGCAGUACAGGUUUGUGUGUGUGUACAUGUAUGGUUUUGAUGUGGUUUUCAGACGCUUUUGAAAUGUCAAGUACUUUGUUCCCGAAAUGAUGACGCUGAAGUAUUUGCAACCUGUUUAUGAAAACCAAAGCACAUUUUCACUCUUUGAAGAAUUUACGGUCCUAUUGUAUAUAACAUUGUUCUCAGUUAUGACAUGAAAUAAAAUUAAAUGCUGAUCAAAUGAC